CAUAGUGUGCUGUUUGCGCGCGUCUAUUUCUCGUAGUUAACACGACGAUGGCAGAAGUAGCUCCAGCCCCCGCCGCCGCUGCGCCGGCCAAAGCGCCCAAGAAGAAAGCUGCUGCGAGGCCCAAGAAAGCGGGACCCAGCGUCGGUGAGCUUAUCGUCAAAGCUGUUUCUGCUUCCAAAGAACGGAGCGGCGUCUCUCUCGCCGCUCUGAAGAAAGCUCUGGCUGCGGGCGGUUACGACGUGGAGAAGAACAACACUCGCGUCAAGCUUGCUAUCAAAAGCUUGGUGACAAAGGGAACUCUGGUGCAGACCAAAGGUACCGGUGCCUCUGGAUCUUUUAAGAUCAACAAGAAGCAAGCUGAAGCCAAGAAGACGCCCGCUAAGAAAGCCGCGCCUAAGGCGAAAAAAGCGCCCGCCAAGAAACCUGCCGCGGCUAAAAAGCCCAAGAAGGUAGCGGCAAAGAAGCCCGCCGCCGCCGCCGCUGCAAAGAAGUCUCCCAAGAAGGCGAAGAAACCUGCUGCCGCCGCGAAAGCCACCAAGAGCCCUAAGAAAGCAAAGAAGCCGGCCGCCCCGAAGAAGGCAGCCAAGAGCCCCAAGAAGCCCAAGACUGUCAAGCCCAAGACUGCCAAGCCAAAGGCUGCAAAGGCGAAAAAAGCUGCCCCCAAGAAGAAGUAAACGUGCAUGUUUUCAUGUCUUGGUAUCCCCAAAAGGCUCUUUUAAGAGCCACCCACUUUUCUCUUCCAAAGAGCGGUUUUCUUUAAACUCUCGAAAUGAUUACGAGCGAACAAAUACGGCCAGGUGUGUAAUUGGAGUUUAUUUUAACGUGCGAUUUCAUCCAUACAGUAUGACUGAGGACUACUGAAAUUUGGGAGAAAAGGGAAGGUAUUGGGUUUAAAUGGGGUGGCAACAGGAAAAAAGUAUUAUGUAUGGAGUGUUUUUAAUGAGAAUUUGACUGAGAAUGUGAAGGACUUUUGUUGAUGAUUGAUUGAUUGUGUGAUAAAUUCGAAGAUUUGGAAAACGCGAUGUAAGAUGAUUAUUGAGCAAUGUAUAGUACCUGCAGAAACUUUAAACAGAUCGUGUGUGAGUUAAAAGGGUUGAAGACGAUUGAUAGAGGAAAAAAGACAUUUCCCUGGGUUUUUUGGACAUAGAAAUGGAUGAUGUAUAGCUAAUUUACAGAUGUAAAUUGUAUUGUUAAUGUAUAGAGUGAAGGUAGUCUGGGUCCUCCGGUGGAUAUUGUUUGUGAG